AGGCUAUUGUGGAGUUUAGCAAUGGUAUUUGUGUCCACGGUGUUCCAGCGGUUAGAUUCGUGUGCUGAAUCAUCUUAUAGGUGGAGCAACUAAAGCAAGAACGAAGAAGAAAAAGGCUGUAUAAUGUAGAGGUGAAGGAAGGUGAAGCCAAGGCCAGUGUGAGGAUACUAACACAGCCACAGUUUGUCUUGUAGUGGUGGCGGCAACUGUGUUCCUCUACGUUAUUAUCUCUCUCUGCUCACCUCACACCUUUCAUGCUACUUUAAGUUACCGCCGCUACUUCCCCACGUCACAAUGCAGCAGAACACUCUGAGUACGACCCUAAAUUUUGGGAGCGGGGACGGAGGCGGUGAUGGAGCUCUCCAGGAUUUGGAGGUGGCUGGAAGAUUGGUAGAUAAACAUCUUAGCUAUGAUUCCAGCUUCCCAUCACUCCUAGAUAGGCUCAGAAUAUCCCCACAAGGUUGUGCAGCAGUCAGUGGUUUAAGUGAGAGUGAUUACCCCAACAGUAGUGAUGCUCGCUCAGCUCGACACCUUCACACUACUCGUAAAGUGCCUCUACCUUCAGAACUUAUUCAUCACUUCCAGCACAUGCAGUGUAACUGCAUGAUGGGCCUGUUUCCUGAGAUCAAUCGUGCCUGGUUAACCAUAGACAGCGACAUAUAUGUAUGGGUGUAUGAAGAUGGGAGUGACUUGGCAUAUUUUGAUGGACUUCACGAAACUAUUUUAAGUGUAGGACUGGUAAGACCGAAGAGCGGUGUGUUUAAGCCAUACAUAGAGCACCUCCUCUGUCUCACAACCACUUCCGAAAUUGUUCUCUUAGGGGUGUCAUUCUCGCAGUCUACAGAUGUUGAAGGCAGUUCUGGGAUGCAUCUACUACCAGAACCAUUGUUUUCUGUACCAACUGAUGGCUCAUACAUCCUCACUAUCCGUGGUACUAGAGAUGGCCGGAUCUUCAUGGGAGCCAAAGAUGGUUGCUUGUAUGAAUUAGUUUACCAGGCAGAGGAUGGAUGGUUUAGCCGCAAGUGCCAGAAAGUAAACCACUCAAGAUCAGCAAUUUCAUACCUUCUUCCCUUCCUUGCUUUCUCUGAGGAUGAUCCAAUCAAUCAGGUUGAAGUAGAUGACAGUCGACACAUCCUGUAUACCCUAAGUGAUAAAGGCACCAUUACAGUAUAUGACUUGGAUUCUGAUGGCAAGAACACGUCUCGUGUUGUUUCAGUUACUCAUAACAACAUCAUGAAUGCUGCACUUCAAGUUGCUAAGACAGUAGAUAAAGCCAACUUCAGGGGCUUGGUGAGCUUGUGUCCCAUAAGUACCAGUGAGGCAACGCAUAUCCACCUGGUGGUGGUCACAGGUACUGGGGUUAGAUUGUAUUACACCACAAUAUCACUAAAUGGAGGACCAAAUCAGCGACCCUCACAGUUGACAUUACUGCACGUUCGUCUUCCUCCUGGUUUUGCCGCUAAUGCUACAGUUUACAGACCUACAAAGGUUCAUAAAGCACUCUAUUCUCAUGGUACAGGUGUUCUGUGUUCUAAUGAAAGCAUUGAAGCAGAUACAGUUUGGACAAUGAGUAGUGACCAGUACCCGUAUCAUCCUACACUGGCAGAGUCUCAGAGCACACAUGCUGUGGAUGGUUAUGUGUGGGCACUUGCUGAUGUUACUCCUGAAUUGUGGUGUUCUGCAUUAAACCCUCCAACAGCUCAGGGAACCCGACCACCACUGUUGGUCACUCAACAUCAACAUGCACCCAGGCAGCUGGUAUUGCUAUCAGCCAAUGGUGCCCACAUUCUCACCUUCCAGCGGCCAGUUGAUCAGCUUCGGCAACUCCUUGAAGAGUCUAGUGGGGCAGAGGCAGCCAUAGUCAAGGAUUUCUUCACUGCAAUGACACCAACCCAAGCUUGUGCUACUGCAUUAAUUAUUGCAACGGAUCCAAAUAGUCAAAAUACACCGGUUGCAGAGUGGGCCACCCGUGCAUUAUUCCUGUAUGGUGCUAACUUGCCCCCAGCAACACCCACCACCUUUCCCCAACACACUCCUACAAAUUAUAAUUUCAACCCAACACAGAUGUCAACACCCCUGCAUGGGCAGAGUGUUAAUCCAACCAUUGGUCAAGACACACAUUUCUCACCACUGCAUAAUGCUUUGUAUCUGUACCUGGCAAGAAUCUUAAGACCAGCUUGGUCUACACUCUUGUCUAAAGAAACUGUGGUUGAUAGCAAGACUGUGUUAACAAGUGCCAUGACAGCUGAGGAAGUUGGUUUUCUAGCCACUCAAGUGGAGUUGUUAGCAAAGUUCCUCAUAACAAACCAAGGUGGCAGUGCACCCUUCCAGUCAUUAAAUGUAUCAAGCACCAAUGUAAAUCUGUCAAGGUAUAUGGGAGAUGGAUCUGAGCGUGCCUCACUCUUGGCUCUCAGAGCACUGUUGGACCAAGCACUGGAAAUACUCCGUCUUCUCACAGUCCUCACUACACAUAAUUUUGCCACUAUUACUUCAGCUUUACAGAAAGAAGUGCGUGAACAGCUAAGAGGCAUGACCCUUCGCGACUUGAUGCUUACUGGACGUGAUGUUUGCCGUAGUCUCAUUAUGGCACUCUUAGAUAGGUAUCAUGGAGAUAAUGCAUCAGCAGAUGCUAUAUCUGAGCGACUGCGGGAGAUUUGUCCUGGGCUGUACCGGAUUGAAGAUGCUAAGUUAGCUAAAGCCAAUGAAAUCAUCUUAGCUGCUAAAUCAAAUAGCAACAAGGCUGAAAAGGACAAAGGCUUCAAAGAUGCUGUGGCGUUGUGUAAGCAAAUUGGUCAUCAUGUGAAUGUUAAUGGCAUCAGUAGCCAGUUGGCCAGUGGUGGUGCUUAUGAAGGUGUAGUGGACCUGUGUCUGAGUGUGGCUUCACAGAGAGAUCCAACUGGCUUAGCCCUGCACUAUUAUAAAAAUAAUGAGCCUGCUGAUGAUCAUCAGGGAUAUAUUGCCUUCACAUCAAGAAUGGAGUGUUAUAGAGUGAUAAUGGAUCAGCUGAACCAGUUAGUUGGAGCAGGCGUUCCUCCCCCAGCAUCCCCCAGUGUGCCAUCCCGGCCAGGGCCACCCACACCACCACCACCUACACUACCCUCCACAGAUGCUACACACUAUGCUAACCAGAUGAUGAAUCUGAUUGUAGCAAGUAAUGAUGAAUUGGCUCAUGUGACAUUAUACCAGUGGCUGGUGGAUACAAAUCGCACAGAUCGUCUACUGGCUCUGUCUUCACCUUAUCUAGAGACAUUCCUCACACGCACCAAUGGCCAGGCACCCCUAAAUCACUUGCUCUGGCGAUACUAUGAGCGCAAUAGAGAUUAUUUUAAGGCUGCCAAGACCCUUCUUAUCUUGGCAGAACAAAUUGGAGAGACUCCAGUUAGUGUGCGUGUGGAGUACCUCUCCCGUGCCCUCAUGUGUCUCAGCUCCUGCGAGAUGAAUACAGCCUCAAACUAUUCAGACUUCAUGCUGCAUUUAGAAGAAAAGAAAGAGGUGGCAAGAGUACAACUGAUGGUACUUGAUGCAUUACAGUGUGAAGGGGCAAGUGGAGAUGUUAUUGCCCAGCUCAACUCUUCCCUCCUCACUCUCACUGUCCUCUAUGAAAAAUUUGCUGAGCCUUGGUCACUCUGGGAGUGUAAGCUAGCCAUUGUACAUUGUGCUGGCCAUUCUGAACCACAAUUAGUGCAGUCCAUUUGGAGCAAACUGUUAGAGAGUGAGUUAGAGAGGUCACGAGGGGGUGCUGUGGAGACAAGGGUGGAUUGUUUGGCCAGUAAGAUCAAAGCUCUGGCCCGGCUGUAUUCUGCAAAUCCAAACUACUUCCCUCUAGAACACAUAAUAAAGGAGUGUGAAAUUCGCUCGGUUCAGCUUAGAGCCGACACCUCUUGGGUUGUCACUACACUCCAAGGCUGCGGAAUUGCUGUCAGCAAGCUCAUCAGCAUUUAUCAUAAGUUGUAUCGUAGCGGUGACAGUGUCUGGGAAGUAGAACGUUCACCUCAUCACUUGCUGGCUGUCCUGGCUCACCUCAUUACUAUGAUGAUAGAUAACACUUCCUCUGUACCUCCUCACCACAAGCGGGCUCAACGUGAACUGUGUCUUGACUACAUAGCAGAGUACCUCACCGACUUGAGUGCUUCUGCAGAUCCUUCAGCAGGUGUCAUAUCUGCUCACCUUAAAAGCUGUCAAGCCAUGCUAGAACGUUAUGUGUAGUAUUUUUCAUCAUGUGUUCUUGACUGUCGAGUAUGAAUAUUUGUUUAGUGUACAGGUGAUAAAAUGGUUGAUAACUGCAUUAUUACUGUACAUAACAUUACUAAAUUCACAAGUUUUGUAACUAUGUUUAAAUAGAGGUUUAUUUUCCUAUGUCUCUUACGUGAUAUACAGUAAAGCUGUUGUGAGGUAUUGUACUUGAAUUAUCUCAUUCUGCUUAAAAACUCUUGAGUCACUAGUUUCUCUUGAGGUCACCCAGCUAAAGAAGGGCAAUUCCUACAAAAAAAUUGCAUUGAUACAAAUUCAUUAACAUGCCUCAGGCAAGACAGUGAUGGAGUGAGUGAUGAUGAAAGUGUUUCUUCUUUUUUGGGUCACCCUGCCUCGGUGGGAAACGGCCAGUGUGUUAAAAAAUAUAUUGGUUACUUUAUUGUGUAAUCUUUGAAAAGAAAAAACUGUUGCCUAAUAAGUUCAUUUUGGACUGUUGAGUAGUAUGGUUGGUUUUAUUGUUCAAAAGAUAUACUUCCUAUAAUAGGAAAAACAAAAUGCAGUUGGUGCCUGAGUAAAGGAUACUCAGAUUAGAGAGACUCGAGUGUAUCGGAGAUUUUGGGUCGAUUAUUUGUAAAAGUACUAUACUGUAUUUCCCAAUUAAUUUUUUAAUUCCUCAAUUCUUAACCGAAUUAUGACAAUGAAAUAGGAACUUACCACAUCUAUGCCAAAUAAUUAUAAAACAAAAAUAAAUGUAUUUGAUAAAGUAACAAUAGAAAAGCAACUAAAAUUAGCCAAAAUUACAAAAAAAAAAAAAACUCCAUGUUUCUUAACCAAAUUUUACCAAAAUAAUAUAAAUCCAUCAUAAAUGCAUAAAACAAACACGUGUUGUAUUUCGUUGAAUUGAGUAAAUUGUAAAGGAAAAUCCCAUCUAUUUUGCUUUGGUUGGUGCUGGAGUAGUGGUGGUGGUGGUGCUUUGAGACUUGUGAGGAUUCUUGUCCCUUCUAGAUACAUUUUUUAAUGAAAUUGAUAUGCAAACCAUUGAAAUAUUGACAUGAAUCACAAACCAUUAAGAUGUUGAAGUCCUUGUGGCUUAAUGCUUCUUUUUGAUUAUAAUAAUAAUAAUUAAAAUGUUGAUAUCACAGCUUCAAUUUUUAGAUAUAUAUGGCACAUUGGCACUCAACAUACGGAUAUAAUAAACUUGGCUCAUUCAUUGUUAAAAUAUUGACAUUAGUUUAUCAAUUGAUAAUAAUAGAUCGGAUUUAUUAUUUUGAUGCGUUUGGCACUUGUAAAUACUGUAUUUUCACAUUGGUCUCAAAGCCACCAUAACUGUAAUAGUCUCACUGGUGGUCUCUUAACUGCCAUGAUAGUAAGUGCUCUCACUGGUAGUCUGUAAGCCACCCUUUUUUUUUUUUUUUUUUUUUGUGACAAAGUUAAAUACAUAAACUGUGCUGCUAGCCACCAUUGUUGAGGGGAGGAUAUGGGGAAAAUGAUUCAAAGGGACCAGGACUAACCAGCAUGGUCAUGAAUGCAACUCAUAAGGUGGUGGUAGGUUUAACACGAGUUUCAUGUUAUUUUUGAAUAGUUAGGUGUGGGUGGUUUGUUGCGUCAUUUCUUAAUUUUAUCCAGUUAACUGCUUGAUGGUUGAGAGAGCACCUACUGUACAGUAUAAACAUAUGUUAACUAUCAAUUUUUUUUCUAUGGGUGACAUACAAAAUUUCACCAAGAUGUGUUGCAUUUUGUCGAGCAUCCAUGAGCUUUUCAUCGUUGAAUAUUCGGUAGCAGUGUGACUGAAAGCCUGUAUGUUUUGGAUAAGAGAUGGGAAUACAGGCAAUCUCUCUUUGCUUCAUAAAAAUAUAGUUACAGAAUAUUGUACAUUCAAGUAAAAAGAACCAAAUAUUCUGUACAAGAAAAUUAAUACUGUCACCGUACAUGGGGGGGCAACAAAAAUAUUUAAAUGACAGUUAUUUUGAUACAGUCAAACAUUGGUCUGGUACUCAUGCAGUCAGGGAAUUGCUAAGAUGUAGAUUUUUCUGGACUACUGAUGUAUAUAGCCAAUAGAAGAAAACUGGCUAUUUAUAGCCCAUAUGACAUGUAAUGUGCAGCAUGUACACAUCAGCAUGAACCAUAUCAAUAUUCUUUAUCUGUAAAAGUAACACUGCACCUACCUGCCAGCCUGCUGCAUAAGAUUCUGAAGAGUGUAAUGUCAGAUUGGUUAUCACUGACUGGUGUCAGACAGACAGGUGAUGUAGUUUCCUUUUAACUCUUUAGAACUUGAUAGGUAAUAACUCAAUUUUAUCUACAGUACAUUGAACUCUUUAGUCUUGAAAACUGAGCACUUGUGGUGUGUAGCCAUCUUAUCCAGUGUAUUCCAGAAAAAUAGAAUAUUUAUGUUGGUAUGAUUGAGAUGUGUGUGAUAUGUUGAGCUGAAGUGCACUAGUGUCUUAAGCUAGUUCAUCAUUGCUAAAGCCUAUGCUCAUAGCUCUUACCUUCCCAUGUAUAUAAAACAUUUUUCUAAAAUUUGAAGAAAGCAUUCAUUUCUUCAGUUUUCUGUACAUUGAACAAUUAUUUGAAGCAAAUAGAGAAAUAUCAUUUUUAUGCCUAAAGAAUCUUUAAUCGUUCAAUUUUAUGCAUAGUAUACCAUGACCCAGCUUAAACUAGUGCAACUUUCUGGUUGGACAUUGAUAAGGCUCAAUCACAUUGAAGGUGUAUUUAUGAUAACCUAACCUGAUUGUGUAGUAGUGUAUGGAAUACCAGACUGAAGAUGUUUGACUAGUCUUCAGUUUGGUGGUGCACAUUUUUCACCUUGUGCUAUGAGAUGUGACGUAUAACAUCAACUUGGGCAUAAGUUGUAUGCUGUAGGUGCUGUACAGAUAUUUUGUAGGUUUUAAUUUCAUACUUUUAUUAUAACUGGCAUUACAUUGUAAAUUUUGAUUAAAAUAGUUUAAUUGUAUAAUUAUUUGUAUUGACAUAUGCAUUAGAGAUGGUUUCUAUUAAC